AUGAUCGUCACUGGAUUCAUAAAAGACGCAUAUGCAGCAAGCAGGAUCCUCAACUUCUCUACUGGUCAAUCCUCAUUCAUUAAUCUUCACUACUCUCGUAAAAUCUUUGAUCACAUCGAGAGCUCAAAUGGGUUUAUCUAUAACACCAUGAUGCGUGCUUACUUGCAGACAAACCAUCCAAAAGAGACCGUUUUUCUUUACGAGUUGAUGUUAAAUAACAAGCACAAUGUUUAUCCGGAUAGCUAUACUUAUCCUCUACUAAUCCAAGCGUGCAUCGCCAGGUGUUCAAUUUUGGAGGGGAAAGAGGUACACAACCAUGUAGUGAAAAUGGGUUUCGAUUCCGAUGUUUAUGUACGAAACAAUUUGAUCAAUAUGUAUAGUGUCUGUGGCGAUAUGGUGGAUGCACGGAAGGUGUUUGAUGAAAAUCCUGUGAGAGAUUCAGUUACAUGGAAUUCAAUUUUGGCUGGGUACGUUCAGAUGGGUAAUGUAGAAGAAGCAAAGCUGAUAUUUGAUCAGAUGCCUGAGAAGAAUAUAAUCGCAUCAAAUUCCAUGAUCGUAUUGUUUGGUCGGUGUGGACGUGUCCCUGAAGCUUACCAGUUGUUUAUCAACAUGAAAGAGAAAGAUCUCGUUUCCUGGACUGCAUUAAUUAGUUGCUAUGAGCAAAGCGGCAUGCAUCAACAGGCUUUGACUUUGUUUAUCGAAAUGAAUGGAAUUGGAAUCAAGACAGACGAAGUUGCAGUGAUUAGUGUUCUUUCUGCGUGUACUCAAUCAUCAGUUAUGAGCACAGGAGCAUCCAUCCAUGGAUUAAUUCUAACGAGAGGAACUGCAUCAUAUGUUAACAUCCAAAACGCUUUGAUUCACAUGUACUCAACUUGGGGAGAUAUAUCAGCUGCAGAAAAACUCUUUAAUUCAAGCACCCACUUAGAUAUUAUUUCUUGGAACUCCAUGAUCACUUGCUACUCAAAAAGUGGCUCACUUGAUAAAGCCCGUGAGGUGUUUGAUAAAAUGUCUGAAAGAGAUGUAGUGUCAUGGAGUGCACUUAUAUCCGGACACUCCCAAGUCGGUCUAUUCGAUGAAACUCUAACCUUGUUCCAUGAGAUGAUGGUUCAUGGAACCGUUAAGCCAGAUGAGACCAUUUUGGUUAGUGUCGUCUCGGCUUGUACACAGUUAGCUGCUCUUGACCAAGGUCAAUGGGUUCACACGUAUAUAAAAAAGAACAAUUUAGAGGUUAAUUUUAUUCUUGGUACUACCCUUAUAGACAUGUACAUGAAGCUAGGGUGUGUCGAAAGUGCAAAUGAGGUUUUUAAUAAUAUGGAGAAAAAAGGAGUAUCAUCAUGGAACGCUAUGAUUCUAGGGCUUGCAAUGAAUGGAGAGGUCGAGAAGUCGCUAGAAAUGUUUUCACAAAUGGAAAGAUUUGGUGUAGUCCCUAAUGAGAUAACAUUUGUGGCGGUUCUUGGUGGUUGCCGCCAUAUGGGGUUGGUGGAGAAAGGGCGGCACUACUUUGAUUGCAUGAUCAAUAUACACAAAAUUGAGCCGAAUAUCAAACAUUAUGGAUGCAUGGUUGAUCUUCUUGGGCGUGCAGGGUUUCUUGAAGAAGCUGAAAAGCUAAUUGAUAGUAUGCCAAUGGCACCCGAUGUAGCUACAUGGGGUGCGUUGCUUGGUGCUUGUAAGAAACAUGGUGCUAUUGAAAUGGGAAAGAGGGUCGGGUUGAAGCUGAUUCAGCUUCAACCCGACCACGAUGGGUUUCAUGUUUUAUUGUCGAAUAUUUAUGCUUCGGAGGGAAGUUGGGAUUAUGUUUCGGAUAUAAGAGAGUUGAUGAUUCAACAAGGAGUUGAUAAAAUGCCGGGGUGUAGUGUGAUUGAAGAGAAUGGUGUAGUGCAUGAAUUUCUUGUUGGGGAUAAGACACAUCCUCGUAUUCGUGAGAUUGUGGAAACUUUGGAUAUAAUUAGUGGAGAAGUGAAAAUGGUGGGUUGUUCAUCGGAUACGAAUGAGGUUUCUUUUGACAUAAAUGAAAAAGAGUUUUUUAAUGUUUGUAUGUAA